CGCGAAAAUCAGUACUAAUAGUGAGGUCACUCAUUUCCAUUUUGAGGAUAUUUCCAUUUCCAAAACGAAACUCAAAGCAUGGAUUCAACACCCUCCGCAAAACGACGUCGUCAAAGCAAAGACGACGACAUUGAAGCAGCAUCACCGUUGCCGAAACAGAUGUCACCGGUGGUUAUCUUCGCUCACGGCGCUGGUGCUCCUUCAUCUUCUGAUUGGAUGCAAAGAUGGAAGAGUAUGUUGAUGGAAACCCUACACGCUGCUGAUGUUGUCACGUUCGACUACCCUUAUAUGUCUGGUGGGAAAAAGAGGGCUCCUCCCAAGGCGGAAAAAUUGGUGGAGUUUCAUUCAAAUAUUGUGAAAGAAACUGCAACUAAAUUCCCUGGUCAUCCUCUCAUAUUGGCUGGCAAAUCAAUGGGUUCAAGAGUUGGAUGCAUGGUCGCGAGCAUGGAAGACAUCAAUGUUUCUGCUGUUCUAUGCUUGGGCUACCCAUUAAAGGGAAUCAAUGGUGCGGUUAGAGAUGAAACACUGUUACAGCUAACAGUUCCUACAAUGUUUGUACAGGGCAGCAAGGAUAGUCUCUGUCCACUUGAUAAGUUAGAGACCACACGGAAGAAGAUGAAAGCGCUCACUGAGCUGCAUGUCAUUGAUGGUGGCGAUCACUCUUUUAAGGUUGGUAAGAAGCAUCUACAAGCAAACAGUUCCACCCAGAUUGAUGCCGAAGUUGCUGCUAUGAAGGCCAUUGCUGCUUUCGUUUCCAGAUCCCUUGAAGGUUAAUGUUGAUGCCCCUCCCCUUUUGUUGAUUCUACAGUGUAGCAAGGUUUGCAUUAUUGUAUAUACACCCUGUUGUAUCUAGCUUUGUUGCAAGUGGGCUGUAAUUUUAUUUUGGUGAUUUGGUCAAGUUUUUUCCUUGCUAGUAGAGUAGACAUGAAUUUGUUGCUCUGGCAGUAUUAGAAACCUACUAGGUAAGGAUGGGUUUGUUUAACUUAAUGCAGAACUUAAUGCAGUUUUACAUAUUAAUUUUA